AAAGGGAGGAGGAGGAGGCCAGGGAGAGGGGAGGCAGAGUGAAAAAGGGGGAGGGAACAAGGGGAGACAGCCCCAACGGCGCAGUGGGAGGACUAUCCCAUGCCAGGACUUGUGGCGGCUACAGCGGCAGCCUGGACUGGAGGAAGUGUACUGUGCUGGGGGGGGCUGAGCAGCGACAGCAGGCAGCAGAAGCAGAAAGUUCAAGAACCGGGCAAAGACUUGCAUUUUUUUAACCAGAACCACAGAAAAGGGCAGAGGGACGGAGUGAGCUCACAGAAGCGGUGUGUGACCGACCUUAGUGCAGAUUCCUGCAGAGGAAAAUGAGCCUCUCAGCCUGCAUUAAGCCUGUAUGACGGGCUGAGGACUCUUUGAUCAGGACUCCUUCUCUCACAGCAGCUCUGUCUGACAAAGAGGAAACAGAGGAAUAAAAAAAGAAGAAUUAAAGGUCUCCCUUUAUACUCUUAAAGAAGGUCCCUUGAUUCAAGAUGGAGGAGGGAUAUGAGCUGGACUUGACAUACAUCACAGAGCGCAUCAUCGCUGUGUCCUUCCCCCGGGGUUGCUCAGAAGAGAUCUACUCCCACAACCUAAAGGAUGUCACACGAAUGCUCAAGUCCAAGCAUGCAGAUAACUACCUGAUUAUCAACCUCUCCGAGAAAAGGCAUGAUCUGUCUAAAAUGAACCCAAAGACGCUGGACACAGGCUGGCCGGACAUGCAUGCUCCACCUCUGGAUAAGAUCUGCACCAUCUGUAAGGCCAUGGAAAGCUGGCUCAAUGCUGACCCUCUACAUGUGACAGUUAUACACUGCAGGGGCGGCAAGGGUCGCAUUGGUGUUGUAAUUUCAUCCUUUGUGCAUUUCACCGACGUAUCAGCCAGUGCUGAUCAGGCAUUGGACCGCUUUGCAAUGAGGAAAUACUAUGAUGAUAAGGUCUCAGCUCUGAUGACACCUUCACAGAAACGGUAUGUCUGGAUACUAAACAGUCUCCUCAGCGGAUCAAUGAAGAUCAACGCCUCGCCCUUGUUCCUACACUGCAUCAUCCUUCAUGGGAUACCAAACUUUGACGCCGCUGGAGUGUGUCGUCCAUACAUCAAGGUCUACCAGGGAAUGCAAGCAGUGUAUUCCUCUGGUAUCUAUCACAUCGGUCCAAGCCACAGAGACCGUGUAUGCAUCACUCUGGAGCCUGCCCAGCUUCUAAAAGGAGACAUCAUGAUUAAAUGUUAUCAUAAGAGUGACAUCACUUCAGAGCGUGAAGUCAUUUUCCGGCUGCAGUUCCACACGGGAGCAGUGCAGGGCUACAACCUCAUGUUUGAAAAGGAGGACAUGGAGACUGCCAACAAAGACCCCAGAUUUCCAGAUUAUGGUAAAGUGGAGCUGGUGUUCUCCGAGGGACCAGAGAGGAUCCCAGGUGCUGACAGGUGGCAAAAUGGGGUGGAUGUUAUUGUGGACUACAACACAGCAGAUCCUCUAAUCCGCUGGGACUCCUACCAGAACAUCUGUGAUGGUGAAGCACCACGCUCUCAAGGCCUAAAUCAGGACAAGGUGCCCAACAAGAGGAGCCCUAGCAGAGGAGGAGGAGGAGGAGGAGGAGAGGCCACGCUGGGUCGAGGGGCUCGCACCACCUCUGCCACAUCCAGCCCUGACCACAGCGACCACGCCCUCUCCGUCAGCAGCGACUCAGGCCUGUCUAGCACUUCUCUGUGGGCAGAUAGACCCACACCUAUCAACACGACCACCACCACCACCACCACAACCACCACCAUCGUCAAGCCCAAAGAGGGCCCCAGCCCGCAGGAGAAGGUCCAGCUGAAGCGCCUUUUGAGUGGAUUUGGUCUCGAGGACCCCACUCUGGAGGGGAUGGAGGAUCAAGCCCCCAGAGUAGGAAUCCCGCAGGUGGUCCCGGCUCAGGUGCACAUUAACGGGGACCCCCGACCUCGAGAGAGAGAAACAGACAUCCUAGAUGAUGAGGUCAUUACAGGUCAUGAUCUGCACAGCGUGGACAGCUUAGGGACAUUAUCAUCCUCCUGCCACAAGAGCAGCCAGAACUCCCUGCUGUCAGAUGGCUUUGGGAGUCCAGGAGGAGAGGAGCAGCAGAUUCAAAGCCAGAACCACAUCCACCAACCUGCGUCUCCUCCCAUGGAGGAGUAUGAGAGAGCCUACACUGAGGCUAAAAGAGGCUGUCUGAGCUCAAGGAGUAACUCUGUUGCCUCCUCUAAUCCCAGUAGCGCUUCAAUCCCAAAGAAGCAUGUGUACAGACAAGGGAGUUAUUCCACACAGUCCUGGGUUCGCCAGCAGCAGAUGGUCGCUGCAGAGCAGUUUAUCUAUAUGCCAGAAGAGGGAAACGGUACAGAAAGAUACCCAGGAAACAAGCAAGGGAGUAGUCCACCCAAACCAUGCCUGCCUGUUGAACCCCAAGGUCCUACGAAAGACAGUAUGACAAUGAACUCUCAGAGAAACACAGUGCAACACAAAGAGCAGGCGACCAUAAACAAUAACAACAACAACAAACGAGAUGAGGAGUUCCAGUCUCUAACCAUGGACAUAGACAACUCCAUAGACCAGCUCAACCAGCUGAUCAUGGACUUGGAUCCCACUUUUGUACCGGUAAAGAGUCGAAGCAGCUCAAUGAAGAGGAAUGGCGGGACACAAGUGAACGGAUCCGUCUCCAAAUGCUCGAACGGCAUUGAUGUCAGAUUCAGCGAUAGUAACGCAGCAAUGAUGAUAAACACACAGCAGACAGCUGCCCAAUCCAGCGAAGGUCGCAUGGGUGUCACACGGAGUCUGAGUCGCCAAGGCAAUGAUGUCACGGAUCAUCCAAGCUUCUGUAACUCAGGAUGGGGUGUAACAGAAGAGUACAGGGGCCAGAGGACGUAUUCCCCAUGUGCACCACAGACUCAGCAUCACAUGUUGUACAGGAGUGACAGUGCAGACUACAGGGCCCAGGGAGCAGAUAUGGACAGUGGUGUGGAGGCUGGGAGUGACAUGACUCCACCCACCCCAGCCUUCCCCAUUUCUCCUCCAACACCUUAUGUGAAAAAUAUGUCAGAAUUCACUCAGCUCAGGCAGACACCAUCACCAAGCAUGCAGUCAUAUGGAGGCUACAGAACUGAUCACGAACCACAGGGAUAUCCAGAGAUGGUCAGUCAUGUUGGGGUUGACCGUCUACCAGACUCCUCCAUCAAUUGUCACAGGACGCUCAGCGCUACACACUCUGCCUCUAUCAGUGGGACUCUUCAGCUGACAGACAGCUCAACAGUGAACCCGUCUUGGCCAGAGCAUCCCAUCCUGAGCCGCCACUCCUCUCUCAGCAGCUACUCCUCUGCCAGACAACCAGUACAGCACACCAUGUCACUAGACUAUGGCCACCACUCUCCUCCUCUGCCCCACCCCCACAUCCACCCUGCCCCCAACGCCCACAGCUCCCCCCGCAGCAGCCAGAGAAGCUGUAUGGCCCGCUAUGCCCUCAGCCGCAGUCCUGCUCAGAGCUUUGACGAGCAGGAUGACUCAGGUCUCGGCUAUGGCACGGACUGUCCAAACUCGACCUCCUCCCUGCUGGGAAAUGGCGGCAUGGACAGGGAACUUUUGCCCCAGUUGCCCCAGCUGCAGCCGCCACUUCUGCCAGAGAAGAAGAGGGUGUCAGAUGGGGAGCAUUCGCUGGGUACAGCAUCUCCAGCCCUUAGUGGGUUCUCCAGUCCUCACAGUGGGAGCUCCCUGAGUAUUCCCUUCCCCAAUGUUUUGCCUGACCUCUCGGCUCAGCUACAGGGAACUGCCUCACCUCUGCCAGAUGUACUGGCCAUCAAGCAGGUUACUGUAAAGUUUGUGCAGGACACAUCCAAAUUCUGGUACAAGCCAGACAUCUCAAGGGAUCAAGCCAUUUCAGUCUUGAAGGACAAGGAGCCUGGCUGCUUCAUUGUACGAGACAGUCAUUCAUUCAGGGGGGCCUAUGGACUGGCAAUGAAGGUGGCUACUCCUCCACCCUCAGUUCUCCAGCAGACCAAGAAAGGAGGCGAUAUAUCCAAUGAAUUGGUUCGCCACUUCCUGAUCGAGUGUACACAGAAAGGAGUGCGGUUGAAGGGUUGCCCGAAUGAGCCCUACUUUGGAAGCUUAACUGCGCUGGUCUGCCAACAUUCAAUCACCCCUCUGGCCCUGCCCUGCAAACUUAUCAUACCCGACCGAGAUCCUCUGGAAGAUGUUGUGGAGACUACCUCACAAUCAGUCACCAACUCUGCUAUUGAGCUGUUAAAACAGGGUGCAGCCUGCAAUGUGUGGUACCUGUGCUCAGUGGAGAUGGAGUCACUAACAGGCGUCCAGGCGGUGCAGAAAGCCACCAGCAUGACUCUGAACUCCAACCCUCCACCAACCUCUACUGUAGUUCACUUUAAGGUGUCAUCCCAGGGAAUCACCCUCACUGACAACCAGAGGAAGCUCUUCUUCAGGAGGCAUUACAACGUCAACACAGUCAUAUUUUGCGCAUUAGACCCUCAAGACAGAAAGUGGAAAAAAGAUGGCUACCCUUCAGCAAAGAUCUUUGGCUUUGUGGCGAGGAAAACUGGCACUUCCACGGACAACGUAUGUCACCUGUUUGCAGAGCACGAUCCUGAGCAGCCGGCAAGCGCCAUUGUCAACUUUGUUUCCAAGGUGAUGAUUGGCUCGCAGAAGACUAAGUAGGACUGCCUGCUCACCUGGAUGAACUUUUACCAAGAGAAGAAGCAGAAAAUAAAGACUGAAAGACUGAACAAAAGACAAGAAUGUCACGGACUGAAGAUGGGGAACGCCUGGACAUUUACCCUGAUGAUUACUGGAUGUUAUAUAAAUAAUGAACACUGACCAGGACACGGACAUUUAAUGACAUAUUUUAAUGGAAACAUAUGAGUUCCCUUCUACUUCGUUACUUUUCUUUUUUGUAAAAUGAGCUAUGUAGUUAAAAAACAUCUAAAUAUGUUAUUAUAAGUUACUGGUUUACAACUGUAAUGUCUUAUAAAGAAAGAUAUAUAUUCUUUGCAAUUUAUUUUAAGAACAUAACAAACAUAAUACAAAAGCUGCUUUUCUUAUACAUACAUAUUUAUGGACAGUUAAGAAAAACCCUACCUUGUUCCACGUGUCAUUAUUUUUCCUGAUAUUUAACCAAAACCAAGUUGUCUUAAGCUAAAUAUAGUCUGUAAAUUGUGGUUGAUGUGAAAGCUCCUCUGUGUUAUAUCAUCAGUCAUGCAGUCUUUUGUUGAGGAUUAUAAAAUGUGGGAAAGUAGUGCAGCAAUUAUUGCGCACAGUUUUGACUUUGGGGUUAGGCUACAUCGCAUACAGGAUUAUCUUAUUUUAUCUAUGCAAUGUAAAUGUUUUAUUUUUUUAAACCACAGCUCUGUACAUGUGCAGCAUGUACGCAGCCUCUCUGAAACUGUUAGAUGACUUUUAUUCUCAAGAUAUAUGUGAUCAGCAUGACCACUUUUAAAGCGGUAAGCAACAUUGAAACAAAAGUGUGCAGGUAUGCUUGUGUGUGUGUGUGUGUUAGUAUGAGAGCAACCAUGAAAAAUAUUUUAAUGAAACCCUAAUAUAUAUUGAUUUGACAUGAGUUAGUUAAAAACAAAUCAGUACUUUGGGUAAAAGUGGGUACAAAUUGCUUUUUACCAAGGCUGCCAAAAUGUCAGUUUUUGCCCUUUAUUUUGAAGGGACCAUUACCAGGAACAAGUGUGCAGUUUUUCGAUACCAAGUUGGCUGGAAACCAAUCAAUUUACACCCUUUUUUUAAAUGGAAAAGGUAACAGGCUGCUUAAGGAGAACAAACACUAGUAUUAAAAAGUUCUAAAAGGUCAUUUUCCAGUAAUUUAGUCGUUGUAGGCCAUUCUCCUUUUUGUGUUUGGUGUCCUUUUUAUCCAGUGAGGAACCUACCCUUGUAACAAAGCCCAGCUUGUGUUCUUACAUUGAUAAUUAUAGGCUUAAACAUUUAUUUCUUUUCACUUUUUUAUGACCUAUAAUCUGUACCUCAUAUGUAUCUCAUCCAAUACUGUGCCUCUGCUUAUGACUGUUGAUGUGAACAGUUGGUUUGUGUAUUGAUAUAGAAUUGUGUGAUUUGUUUUGUAAAUAAACAAAGUGAAACAUUUA